CAACAUGUCUCAUUCGUGUUUCAGUUUUCGAGCAGCGCGGUUGCUGUGCUGCGCGUCGUCAAAAAAUUUAAGAACGAUAUCGUACUAACGUAUAUUUCGCAUUUACCGGAGCGCGCGGCUGAAAGAAACCUAUAGUUCCGCCGAAAUUCCGAAAACCGCCGAGGAAUCCAAUUUUUAAAUCGAGUGCAACGGGUAUUUCGCGGGUUGAUUGGAAUCGGGAUAAAUAAGAAACCGCAACAAAAGCCGGUAAAAUCGGACUUAGGAACUCAAAAAUUAGAAACAAAUCGAGAUGAUAACUAUUCAAAAACAAGAAACCGUUUAAGAAAUUGUGAUAAUUUGUUGAUAGUUUGUAAAUAUCUCGCUGCAUCGUGGGUGGCAGGGCAAUCAUAAAUUAGAAUAACAAAAACGAACGGAGCUGCCGGCUGCAAUUAUGAAAAGGUAGAAAGCAACAACAACGAAAAAACGUAGAGUAGCUGAAGAAGCGGAAUCUGGAUGGGGCAGAGAUUUUGUGGCAUUGUUGUUUGCAUGUCCCAUGUCCCUCAAUUUAUCUGCCGGCAGAGAGGUCGUUGGCGCUAAGGUCACGCCAACGCAAAACCAACGGAGCAGCGGGCGUUUGUUUCGUGUGGAGUGCAAGUGACAAAAAAAAAACGACAACAUAAAACCAAAAAAAGUAGACGAGAACCAGAGUUCUAAGUUCUCCCCCUUCCGGGCUCUAAACAACAGCGAAAAGAACGUGAGUGAGUGUGUGUGUGUGUGUCGCAUGGCUCAAGCAAACGGUUAAUCUUCAUAGCCCCAGCUCCGCACCGCUCCGCGUGUGUAUGUGUGUGUUGCCUGCUGUGUUAUAUUUUGUGUGUGUUCUACCACCACCGCGCUCUCUCCCGCGCAAUUUAGCAAGGAGCGAAAAUCGAAAAUGCGGUGGAGAGACAACAAGGAAUGUGAGGAGCGUCGAGUACCGCUGAUGGCCCGCUAGAAAUGUGCGUUAUAAAUUUUUACGACUCUACGCAGGGCAUUGAAUUUUUACGAGUCGACGACGUGGAGGAGCAGCAUGAUGUGCCGAGGCAGCAGCAAUUUAAAACAAUUCAGGCAGGAAAAUAAUGCUUAAAGUAAGGCCAAGGAAAUUGCAUGCUUGGCAUUAGAAAAAAAACCCAACAAAACAACAAAGAAAAAAAAGGGAGUAAGGAGAAAGAAAAGCUGUAGCACGUGACAUUCGGAGAAAACUCCUUGCACACGACGCCAUUUUGUAACGGUAAUUGGCAGACGGCGGCACACGUGAAGCUAAACGUCCGCCAACACGCCCCCACAGCAACACUCCAUCCUCCAUCAUCAUCAUCAUCAUCAUCGUCGUCAGCCUCUCAGGACGAUGGCCGUUAGCAACAUUGUCUGCGAAUGGCUACGUGCCCUGGGACUGGCCCAGUAUGCCGAAAGUUUCCUCGACAAUGGCUACGAUGACCUGGAGAUAUGCAAACAGGUCGGUGAUCCCGAUCUGGAUGCCAUUGGCGUUGAGAAUCAAUCGCAUCGGCACAAGCUCCUCAAGAGCAUACGCUCGUUGCGGGAGAAGGGCGCCGCCUCUGUCUAUUUUAUGCUCAACGAUCCCAAUUCCCUAUCGGGCAGCAUGGAGAUACUAUGCGAAACGCCGCCCAGCAACGACCUGGAGAUGGUGCUCGGCGAACAGCUGGAGACGGACGGAGUGCGUCUGACAGCGCAUCCAUAUUCAACACCGGAUGGACAACGCGGCCAUUUAGAGGGCCUGGCAUCCGUCUAUUGUGAGUUGUUAAUGGCUCCCUUUGGAGAUAUUUUAAGUGCUUUAGAGAGUGCCAGGCAGGCGGCCUGGGCGGAUCACAGUCCGCUCCACAAUGCCAGCGCCAGCGCCAGCGCCAGCGGCGGUGCUGGCGGCAGUGGCAGUGCCAGCGGCGCCAGCGGUGCCAGCGGCAGUGGCGGCAGCAAUCGUAGCGGUAUCGGCAGCGGCAGCGUCGGAAUGGGAAUCCAUCACCGUCAGAAGCACGGCCAUCGGGGGCAUUCGAUGCACGGCGCCGGUCUGCCCAAUAGUCAUAGUCAGCCCAUUUAUGUGCCCGGAAAGUAUUCGCCCUCCAGCUGCUUGUCCGACAAGGAGGAGGACGAAAUCUAUGGCUUCGGUUAUGGUGUGUUUGCACCGCGUGUGGCACGCGGCGGCCUGACGCAACAGCAGCAGCUGCUGCAACAGCAAACGCUGCAGACGCAACAGAGCAUACAGCAGCAGCAGCAGAUGCAACAGCAACUGCAACAGCAGCAGCAGCAACUGCCACUCGUGCCCGGCCAGCAGCAGGCAGGGGGCGGACAGCCCGGCGUGGGACCGCAACAUCAUCAGACACUGCCACCGAAUGUGGCACAUCUGAAUUUUGUGCAACAAAACUGCCUGAGUCCCCGUUCUGCAUAUUUCUACGAAUUUCCACCGACUGCUGAGGGACGCGAGACAAAGAAACGCACCACUUUGGCCCGACUGUUGAAAGGCUUGAAAACUGUCAAUCGACGGGAUCGCAACAAUCAACAAAAUGGCGCCCAGGCCAGGGCCGCCAACGAUCGUCUGCGGCACUUUCAAAUGAUAAACGGCGGUGCGGGCGGACAGCAGCACAGUUUCGAGGAGACAAUCCAUAGGUUGAAAGUCCAGGAGGCCAUGCGGAAAAAGGAAAAAUUUCAACGGGAGCACGAGGAGAUACUGCGUGACAUACGUCAGGGUCUGUUGCAAAUGAGUCGCGGCGAGGGACGCAUGGACGACACCUAUAUGUACGACGAGGCCCUCAGAACUGGGGCAGGCGUGGCCAUGGGCAUGGGCAUUGGUGGCGGCGCCCAUUAUGCGGUGAGUGCGCUGCACCAUCAAGGUCAUUGGUACGACGAGCCGCCCUACGAAAGCGAUCCCGAUGACUUUCUGAUGGCCGGCCUCAACUGCGGACCAGCGGCCACCAUUCAGGGUGGCCGUGUACGCUUCUCGAACAACCGCGAGAGCACGGGCGUAAUUUCAUUAAGAUCCGCCGGAGAUAUUUCACUACCGCAACGAGGGCCGCCGCGUCGAGGUCUUAUCGUGCCCCAACAGCCGCCAAAUCCACCGACAAUAAUACCCUUAACGCAUGCCAGGUCCCACGAUCGUGAGAGCGGCGACUAUGCGGGUUCCAUUUCAGAUCUACAAAGCGUUACCUCCAGGCUCAGUGCCGUAUCGAUUGGCACCAACAAUUGCACGGCCCGAUACCGGACGCUGAGCGGCGGCAUCGGGGAGUCGCCGUCGCUGUCGCCCAGCCCCUCGUCGGACUACGAGGACAUUGGGGCCACACGGAUGCACGGCCUGGCCCCCAGUCUGCUGGCCGCCAAGGCCAAAAAGAAUGGCCUGCCGCACGGCAAGGCGAACACCAUUUGCCAGAAGGCCACAGUGCAUCAUUCGAGCGAGAUGCGUAGCUCGCCAAAGGAAAUUGGCACUUUUAAUGAGAAUGGAAGGAACUUUGUUGCCACAAAGGAUACGUCGAGGGAUUUCAGCAACUCCCAAGACAAUACCGACCGUGGCAGCAUGAGCGAUCAGGCGUUUGCCUGUUCGGCCAGCUCCGUUGAAAGUUUGCCCAGUGCUUCCGGUUCGAGCACACAGGCUCUGGUGCGUCCCGGCAGUCCGCACAGCUCCAUAUCGGCCGAGGAUCGCACCUCGAUGGCGGUCCACAGCAGCAGCAGCAGCAGCAUCUGCAAGGCCAAGGCCCUGGUGGACAGUCUGCCCAAUCCCUACGACAAGGAGGCACUCAAAUUUAAGAAGGGAGAGCUCAUCGAUGUCCUGUCGAUGAACGCCUCGGGCAUCUGGAAGGGUCGCUGCCACGGCCGGGUGGGACACUUCAAAUUCAUCAACGUGGAAGUGCUGCCCGAGCAGCGUCUGAAGAAUUCGAGCAGCAAGACCCUGGCCCCCGGCUCCCGGCUGGGCGGCGGCAACAACGGCAGUGGCGGCAACAGCAGCGCGAACGGCAGCAACAACGGAGGCGGCGGCGGACCCAGCUCGGUGGAGGAUCUGCUGGUGCGCAUCGGCCUCAAGGAGUACACGUCCGUGUUCGUGCUCAACGGGUACGAGGAUCUCGAGCUCUUCAAGGAGCUGGAACCAGCCGAUCUCGACUAUCUGGGCAUACUCAAUCAGGAGCAUCGGGCCAAGCUGCUGACGGCUGUGCAGCUGCUGCAUGACAUUGAAUGCUCCGACGUGGACAUAGCCGGCUCCAGCUCGGAGAACGAUGAGGCCCGCCUGAACAACAUCAACAAGAAGCACGGGGCCUCGCCCUUCGGCCGGCGACACUUUCCGCGGGACUCGGGCUGCUACGAGGGCUCUCCGCUGCCCAGCUCCCAGACACCGACGCAGACGGUCAACUCGACGGACGAGUCGAACAGCCUGGACGACGUGGUGACCAAGUGCUCCAGCGAGAUCAUGAAGCGCGUGGAGAGUGCGCGAAGGUGCAAGGACAAUCCGUUCAAGGCGACGCUGCCGGGCGGCCGGGUGGGCAAGAAGUCAUUUCUCGGCGGCGGCGGACUUAUGGCUGACGAUACGCUCACACGUGGCGGACUCAGUGAGAAGUCGAGCGACUCGGGCGUCAGCAGCAGUUCGCUAUCGUCGGGUCCGCUGAAGAGCAGCACUUAACAUUUGCCCACGAUCCUGGCCCACGAGCUGCUGCUGGGCGUGGGCGCUGGCAUGGGCCUGGGCCUGGGCCACGGUCACGGCCUGAGCGUGGGCGCCAC